GGGACGGGACGCGCCGCGCAGCCCCGGCGGCUCCGGGCGCUGCAGCCGCCGGGGGCCGCGCCGAGGCCGCCCCGCCGAGCCCCGCACGGUGAGUACCGGCGGCGGGGGGCGCGCAUCGCGGACGGACCCUACCCCAGAGACGCAACAGACACCCACCUGGGAUGAUGCACGACAGAGGGGAAGGCCCGUUUUGAGGAAGACGAUGAAUGGAAGGAGAAAAGGCACGUGAGAAGGAUGGCAAGCUGUGCCCCAUGACGACCUCACGCACGAUGUUUUAUGGGUCCUCCUCCACCAUGGCUCCACCAUCCAAGAACCGGCUGAAGCGCCAGAGCCGAAUUUUCUCCCAAGUCUUGUACCGGACGUUGAGCUACAAGGACCGGAGCUCGACCUCCGCUUCCCCGGCAGCUGGUGAGGAUGACCCAGCCGAGCUCUCCACCCAGCUCUCGGCCCCUGGUGUCCUGAAGAUCUUUGGGGGCAACAUCUGCGCGGGCACCAACUACAAGAGCGUGUUGGCGACGGGCAGCUCGGGCGCGCGGGAGCUGGUGAAGGAGGCCCUGGAGCGCUACGGGCUGAGCCAGCUCAGCGCCGGGCAGUACGCCCUGUGCGAUGUCAUCGGGAAGUUCGAGGGCCCCGAGAAACGGUGGCAGACGGAGGGCCUGAGGGUCCUGGGUGACCACGAGAAGCCGCUGCUCAUUCAGGACCUUUGGAAGCCCAGGGAGGGCUUCUCGCGGCGGCUGGAGCUGCGCAAGAGGGCAGAGGUGGAGGAGCUGGCGGCCAAGGAUGUGGACACCACCACCGCAGGCAUCAACGCCCAAGCGCGGAAGCUGCAGCGGCACCGGGCGCGGGGGGCCCGGCGGGCGCCGGCGGGGGCUGAGCGCCGCGGUCCCCCCCCGCCGCUCCUGCGGCGCAGCCUCAGCGAGACCAGCCUGGGCUGCCCGGUUCGGCGGGCCGGCAGCGGGCCCGGCAGCGGGGCCGGCAGCGGGGAAGGGCUCCAGCGGCACUGUUCCACCCUGCCCGGGAGCCCGGCGGCGGCGCGGAGCGGCGGCAGCAUGCGGUACUCCCUCUACCAGUCCCCGCACCUCCUGCUCCUGCAGGGCUACAGCCAGCAGCAUGACAGCUUGGUUUACCUGCUGAACCGCGAGCAGCACACGGUGGGCCAGAGGACGCAGGCGAGCAGGCCCAGCAUCAGCCUGUCGGCCCCCGACAUCUUACCCCUGCACUGCACCAUCAGGAAGCUCCGACCUUCCCGGCAUCGCUCGGAGGAGAAGCUGGUGCUGGAGCCCAUCGCCGGCGCUGGCAUCUCCGUCAACUUCGCCGAGGUGGCCCGGACGGUCGUGCUGCGGCACGGGGACCUCCUCUCCCUCGGUCUCUACUACCUGCUCCUCUACAAGGACCCCAUGAAGGCGCAGCCGCUGCCGGCGCAGACCCUGCUGAGGCUGCGAGCCCUGCACCCCACCGUCCCCGAGGGCCCCCCCGUCUGUGGGGCGUGCGGCAGCCUGCUGAAGGAGAGGGACCCUGCCACCAAAAAGCACGGCCCCUCGCCCGCCGGCGGCCCCAGGGCACCCCGCAGAAAGCUGCUGCUGGAGUUCGAGCCGGCAGCCGAGGAUGUGCUCCUGCGGCGCAUCAUGACCCUGAUCGAGCCGGGGGGGGACGACCACAAGCUGACACCCGCCUUCCUGCUCUGCCUCUGCAUCCAGCACUCGGCCACCAGCUUCGAGCCGGGCGACUUCGGGCAGCUGCUGCUCAAAGUGGCCAAAAUGAUCCAGAGGACGGUGUGGGAGCGGACCCGGGAGCUGGCUGAGAAGCAGUCCCAGCACCAGGACCCCGCCACCCUGUCCUGCUUCUCCAUCACGGACCUUCUCCCGGACCUGCAGCACAUCCUCUUCUGGAUGGCCAACGCCAUCGAGGUCCUCUACUUCAUCCAGCAGAAGUCGCCCACCUACAUCCAGAGCAUGGAGGAGGAGCUGGAUGUCAGAGGCUCCAAGGAGUCCCUGUUCUCCUCGACCAUCACAGCCAGCGAGGAGGCGAUGACGGUGCUGGAGGAGGUGGUCAUGUACACCUUCCAGCAGUGCGUCUACUACAUCUCCAAGUGUCUGUACGUGUCGCUCCCUGCCCUGCUGGAGUGCAACCCCUUCCAGAAUGAGUGCCGGGAGAGCUGGCGGGCGUCCCCCCCGCUGCCCGAGGAGCUCCGCAGGGUCGUGCUCAUCUACCAGGCGGCGCUGGACCUGCUCCGCCAGCACGAAGUGCACCCGGAGAUCACCUCCCAGAUGUUUGCCUACCUCUUCUUCUUCUCCAACACCCUGCUCUUCAACCAGCUCCUGGACAAGGGCUCCUCUCUCGGCUGCUUCCACUGGUCGCAGGGGGUGAAGCUGCGGGCCAGCGUGCGGCUGCUCCUGGAGUGGCUGCGCGGCGCCGGCUUCGAGCAGCUGGCCCAGCAGUUCUUCGCCAAACUCGCCAGCGUGGCCAACCUGCUGGCCAUGCCCGGCUCCCAGCUGGUCCAGAUGACCUGGCCGUCCCUGCGAGCCGAGUUCCCGGCGCUGAGCCCCGCGCAGCUCCACCGGGUGCUGAGCCAGUGCCAGGCGGUGAUGGACAUGGGCUGCAUUGCAGCGUGGCAGCCCGGCGAGGAGGAGACCCCCGCCGCCUUCCAGCCCGAUGAGAUGUUGGAGUCCUUCGACAACCACCCCCCCAUCAUCCUGCCCAGCGGGGGCUUCAAAGUGGACCUGGAGGUGGAGACGUUGGAUGACAACAUCUACCGGCACCUCCUUUACAUCCGCCACUUCCUCUGGAGCCUGCAGAGCAAGAGCCCCCACGCCGGCGAGGGGCCGGGCUCAGCACCCCCAAAGAAAGAGGCACGUGCAACGCCAGAAGCCUUGGAGGUGAGCGAGAGCCCGGCCGCUGCCCUGGGGAGCAUCAUCACCCAGGAGGACUUCUGCUCCCUGGGGGGCUGCGCCGAGCCGGAGGCAGAGGGGGCUCCCCCGCUCUGCUUGGCCACCAACGGCUGCCCCUGCGAGCCCCCCGCCGGCGAGCCCCAGCUCCAGGAGAAGCUCAAGCAGCUGCAGCUGGGCAGGGGUCCAGCCCCCAAGGCCGGCACGGCGCCCACAGACCCCUCCUGUCUGCUGACACCCCCCACCACCCCCCUGAACUUUGACUCCGGGAGCCCAGAGUCCCCGCAAGGCACUGGCAAGGGGCUGCAGGACCCCCGGAGGAACGGGAUGAACGGCACCAAAGGCAGCACCCCUGAAGGAUGCUCACCGACCCCCUACGACUACCCCACGCCAGAGUCUUCCAGCCGCAGCUCUGCCACUGAUGACUUCUGCUACGUCUUCGUGGUGGAGCUGGAGAGAGGACCCAUCGGGCUGGGGAUGGGGCUGAUCGACGGCUUGCACACUCCUCUCUGCUCCCCCGGGAUCUACAUCCGCACCCUGAUCGAGGACAGCCCGGCGGCUGCCGACGGCAGGCUCUCCAUCGGGGACCGCAUCCUGGCUGUCAAUGGCACCAGUCUCAUCGGGGCAGACUACCAAAGCGCGGUGGACCUCAUCCGCUCCGGAGGGAAGAAGCUGCGGUUUCUGGUUGCCAAGUCGGACAUGGAAAUAGCCAAAAAAAUCAGUUCCAGCUCCUCUUCCUCCUAGUCCUUGUGGUACAAGGGUCCUUCUGCAGCGGCUCGGGGGUGCAGCUCUGGUGAAGGCUGACCCCGGGGAGCCUGGAGCGCAAGAGGGAGGACCAGGACUCCGCAACCGCCCUCGGUUUGCUUUUCGACGCCUUGCCCCUGUGCUGCAGUGGAUGAAAGGACAUGGAAGGGUGGUGCACGCUUCUCCCACCGCACUGGCUGGGAGCAUCAUUCCCGACCAAUUGCCCGGCCUCAUCUUAUACCCUGUGUCGUCCUUCCGAGGAGCUUUCCUGUUCCUUCAUCCCCUCUGGCAGGGGGCAGGAAGGGGGUGCUCCCUCCGCGGGGGCUGUAGGCAGACUCCUCCGUUCCUCCAGGCCGGCAGCCCUGCGUGAUCUCUCCCGUCGGCGGGCAGAAGGCUUGAAACACCUUUGGGAUUUAAAGAUGAGCGUGUGGGGCAGGCCUGGGCUUCGCUGUGGCAGCGGCCACCUGAGGUGCUGGCACAUCAGGCUGGAAAAGGGGUGCCCAGCUCUGGGGGUGGUAGGCACAGCACAAGCACACCCAGGAGCGGGAUUCCAAGUGGGAUGCAUUGCUAGGAGUGAAGUUCCCCGGUGCCAUACCCUAAGUCAGGUGCCUUUCUGCUGCUGGGCUGCAAGCACGGUGCCCCCAGCCCUGCUUCAGGAGGGGAAACAGCCACAGCAAAGGGCCGACACCACCAGCAGUUCCCCGUAAGUCCUGGGGGGAGCCCCUUGAAGAAAAGGACUCUCUCGCCCUUGCUCAUGCGGCAGAUUUAUUGCUUCGGCACCACCAUCUUGGCAGAAGGCCCCAGGGCUGACCCAGCAGCGCGGGACGUUCACCAGCGGAGAAUUCCCCCGCGCAGGAGCUUUGCCAGGCCAUUGUACGGCUGCCCUCUUUCCUGCCCAGCUCAGAGCGGCUCAGAAGUCCGCGCUGCUGACGUGCCGACGGGUGAUGACGGGCAGCAGAGGCUCCCUUUGGACGGUCAGGCUUCAACGUCCCAGAAAAAGCUCUGCCAUCUCCUGCCAAAGGCAGCGGAGCCGAGCUGGCAGCUCCACCGUGCGGCUGGCCGUUCCCUGCACACCCGGCCUCCUGCCUGCACAGUCCUCCCUCUGCUUUUAGCAACAUGAACGGGAUAAAACCAACCUGAUUUCCACAUAUAGAGAGAUACCGAGACCUAGUUUAGCCAAACCCUAUUAAAACAGCCUGCUGCAAAGCCCCACAUCGCACCCUGCGCUUAAACCAGCACGGGCUAGGCUCUGGCAGCAAAUCAGGUGUUCACACGGCAUCUCAAAACAGCAGCGCUCCGAGGAUUGUGAUGCUAAAAAAAGGGAUGCUUAACAGGGUUGGCCUUAAUUAAACCUCGGAUACUUCACUGCUGUAGUUUUGGUUUCUGUGCUUAAAUCUUGCACUUUGCGGAAGGAGAGAGAUGUCGGAAUAAUCCACGCAGGGGAAACACUCCGCUACUGGGUUUCCACGCAGCCUGGCUCGCCUUUUCCAGGGCAAGACAGACCUUCACCUGAGACACUAGUGCCUUGCUCCUCUGCUAGGCCGUGCUCACGCCAAGGGGCCUGGGGUGCCGCCCCAAGCAGGGACUGUAAACCACGCAUCCCUCCCGCCACCGACUCGGCUGCACCAGGCAGGCCGGCAAAGGCUCAGGGCCCCACAGGGCUCCUGGGGAUUCACUCCACUUUGAAUCAAGUAGGUCCAGUGGCCUAACCAUCCUCCAUGGAGCUCGACGGGCUUGUAGGGCAGGAGGCUAGAGCCCCGUGGCGAACUGCAAGCCCUCCUCGCUCCCCUCUGCCCGGGAGCCAGGGCUCGGGGGAGGCUUGGUUUGCACUAGACAGUGUUGGGGCUGCACCCUGGCAAGUUCCAGAGGUACCAAUGCUCCCCACUGCGCCCAACUCUCCAGGCACCCCUGGAGGUGGGAAACAGCCCCGGAGCUGUGCGUUGCUCACGGUGCAGUCAGGUAUUGAAACAGGUUGUAAAUAAAUCCAGCUAUUUACUAGUGUGCAUGAGGGCUUGCUUCUCCUGGGAGGAGCAGUGGGACGUGUUUACUUGCCCCGUCUGUUAAUACUUGUACAGCUCGAAUGUGUAUAAACUUCUCAUGCAGAUACAGAACACAGCAUGGCGCCUGUUUGACACGGGGCUGAUGUAUGUUAAGAAACGCUCUUGGUGUCAAAAAUAAACCGGAUCAAUAAAUCUCUCUAAGCUCCCGUCUGGUAGCUGUCUCUUGGAUCUCGACACGUUCGCUCUGAUGGUAAGACAGAAGAGCGGCGAGGGCUCACAGCAGACUUAAUGGAGUCGCUUCUGCUUUCUCCACCUCGCCCAGGCCUUUGCUUGGCUGAUCCGCUGCGAGCAGAGAGGCAAUAAAAGCAGCACAUGCAUAGCCAGGGCGUAGCGAGGGCAAAGGGGAGGGAAGAAGUACGUCUCCAAAGGGGCAUGCUGUGCUGGCAGGGUAUUAAUGCAUGCACUCACUCUCCCGUCACACUCACACA